AUGGAUAUAGUAACUGAUUUUACAAUUAAAUCUAUAUGUGAAACUGCCAUGGGAACCAAGUUAGAUGAAGAAACAUCAGAGUUCGGCAAAACUUACAAAAAUGCAAUACACGAAUUGGGAUCAAUUGUUUGCCAUCGAGCCCAAAGGGUUUGGUUGUAUUCGAAUUUCGUAUUUCGAUUCUCACAUUUUGGAAAAAGUCAAGAAAGAAUUCUAGACAUGACUAGUUCAUUUAGAAACAAGGUUAUUGAAAAACGUAGAGAAGAUUUCAUUGAUAUGAAAAAAAAUAUUGAUGAAUAUGAUGAAGACCAAAAUGUUUAUGGGAAAAAGAGAUUAGCUAUGUUAGAUAUAUUAUUACAAGCUGAGAAAAAUGGCACUAUUAACUUUAAUGGUAUAAAUGAAGAAGUAGACACUUUUAUGUUUGAGGGCCACGACACCACAGCUACAGCACUUCAAUAUACUUUUAUGAUUUUGGCAAACCAUCAAGAUAUUCAGAACAAAAUUGUAGAAGAAACUAAUCAAAUUCUCACCUACGACCAAAUUCCGACCAUAAAUGAUUUAGCACAAAUGAAAUAUUUGGAAUGUUGCAUUAAAGAGAGUUUAAGAAUGUUUCCACCAGUUUUUUUCAUUUCUAGGAGAAUUGAGAAACCACUUAAGUUAGCUACUUUUGAAUGCCCAGCUGGUACAGAUGUGAACAUAAUGAUUCGAGAACUACACCUCGACUGUCAACAGUUUAGAGAACCUUUUGAAUUUAUACCAGAAAGAUUUAUGAAGAAACCAACAUGGCACCAGUACGCUUACAUCCCAUUUAGUGCUGGACCAAGGAAUUGUAUUGGUCAAAAAUUUGCUAUGAUGGAGAUGAAAAUUGCUUUAUCUACGGUGCUCCGACGUUAUAGAGUCCUACCGAUUACGAAACCAGACGACAUAAUCUAUCUUGCCGAUUUUAUACUCCGCCCUAAGGAGCCUAUUUUAGUCAAAUUUGAAACACGAGUAUAA